CUGUGCGCCCUCCUCCUCGAGACCCACCAAUGGGAGGCACCUACUAUAAAAUUAUUAGCCUCUGUUGCAGCACGCCAGUCUCUCGCACCAGCAGUAGGCGGUAUAGCGAAAAGAAAACGGGGGGAGAAAAUGUGGUGUGAAUCUGGCUGGCGGGCAAGACCGAGGAGACAGCGCGUGUGAUGCUGUCCCUGCUUCUGCGACACCCCUGGACUUGGUGCAGGAGGCACUCAGAGAAGGAAGGAGGAGGAGAAGACCAGACAGACUAGUACUACAACAGCGCCUGAUGGGGGACCGCUGACCGAGAGUGAGUGAGAGUGAGAGAGAGAGAAAAGAGAGAAAGAGAGAGAGAGAGAGUCAAACACCCAUGGUGGAGAAGCUGAGGAGAAGAGGGAGGGAGACAACCGACACGCUCGGGUAUUUGGUAAUUGGAUCCUUGAUCGUCCGGCUUCAGCACCGCAGACGAAGAUCACCAGCCUCCAGUUGCUGUUUGGGAAGAGGCCAAAACAAAAAACCUUUCUGAGGUUGGAUCUGCACACAGGUAGCCACCCUUUCACCUGUUUUUCCCUUUUUACAAUUAAACAUCAACGGGAUCAGCCCUGUGUUUUUUGGGGGGUGGUGAAGAAAUAGAUGUGGGGAAGGGGGUAGGGGAGGUAAAGGAGGUAAAGGGUGGCCCAUAUGAAUUGUGAUGCGCUUGAAUGAAAUGCAGUGAAAGCUUUAUACAAUAGGGAUUAUGCUGCAGAAAAGCAUUUGCCCUUGUCUGCCUUUAUGAUAUCUGAGCGUUUCUUGUUCACAAAGACUGAGUUGGAUGUUUUGGACGCCUCAUUGAGCAGAAACUGUCCUGCUGCUUGAUUCAGUGAUUCCAGUAAUGGUCUGCUUCUGUAUACACAAAGAGUUUCUCCAAGUGUUUUAUUAUGGUUUAUGUAUUUGCUGAUCUGUAAUGCAAUUUUCUUUUGCUUUUUGUCUCUGUAUGUACAAAUCGAUAAAGUGAGCAGAGUUUCAGUCAUGGCAAAGCUUGUCAUCUCCCUCCUGCUCCUGUUUGGACUCCUGAAUAGGUAAACGAACAGAAUGUGAUGUCCUAGAACUUUGUUUGUUUUCAACUCAAAAGUCGGUCUUGGUGUUUUUCUUAAAGCUCCUCUAAGGAACUGUCAGUCUUUGCAUGUCUUGUCUUUUGCAUGCAGGUAAAUUCAUCAUUUAUAGUCAAUAUUUUGCAUGAAAAUUGUCAAAACAGGACUGCUCAGCUGACACCUACCCUCUCACGCUAGUUUUAGACCGGAAAAAUACAACAUAGAGCAUGCAAACAUUGCCAGAAAUGGUCUUGUUUGCUUUUGUGUGUCAUAAAAAGACAUCAAUAUGAAUUUCAAUCCAUUUUGUAAACAUCAAAAAACUCCUAACAGGAGCUUUAACUGCAGUUUUUCAUACAAAAAAAAUAUAUAAAAAAUGUAAAAUUCCAGUCGCAAGCAACUGCUGAUCAGAAAAUCAAACUCCAAAUUAAAUCCCUGUUUGUUUGUUUUUUUUGCUGAGCGUUCUUGCUGUUCACUUCUGGGAUUUAUCACUUACCCUCAAUGCACUCUCCUGCAGAACUGCCUAAGUGGCUGCCCUGCACUCAGAAAGCUAAAAAGAUCUUUGGCAAUGCCUGUCAGUAAAUCACUGGAAUUGUCCACUCUCAUCAGAGUCGAUCAAUGGCUUCCAGAUCACAUGUUCAAAUCCAGUUUGGACCUUUGAUUUAUCUGUCUCGCCCUCCCAGUACCUCUACAUGAACAGCCUUCUCCUCAAAAAUUGCUAAAUUUCCUUUAAUUUUUCUUCUCAUUGUCAAGAUAUGCCUUCACUCUUGCUUUAUUUUUAAGGGGAAGUCAUUUAUUUAUAUUAAGAUCACAUGUCAACGCCUUCAUUGUCUUUGCUGUUCGUUGUUAGCAGUGCUUAUGAACAGUAAUUAAUCAUAAGAAGCCCGCCCUGAAAGCGGGAAGCUAAUCAAUCACAAUAACCAUGUCGUGUUUAGCACCCUGCCGUUAAUAAAACACCCGGAUCUUGUUGGGUUUCUUUACUGUUGUUUCUUUUUUUCUCUUCUAGACUCUGCCUGUCCUCAGAGACUCCAAAAGAGCCAGCUGCCAACGAUGACAGCACCGUUUUUACUAGGAUCCUGGACGGGCUCCUGGAUAAUUAUGACAACAGGCUCCGUCCUGGGCUCGGAGGUUUGCUGGGGGGGAUGACUCUUUUUCAUUUCAGUCUCGUAAUUGAACCUUCAGAUUCCUCUUAUAUGUCAACCAGUCAGCUGCCUUAUGUUUUAGCGCAAUAUUCAAGCCCGGCAGCAUGCUAACUUAACCCACUAACCUGGACUCCCCGCUCCCUGCUGUGCUUUCACGCUCUGAUUCAUGGGGAAAUGUAUGGCAGACUGGCAGAUUCAGAGGAGAAGCUGCAAGGAGAAGUUGAUUUUGCUUCCCUGUCAGCUAAGGUGAACGCACACAUGUCGCCAAACGCCGCGUUCCUCUCUGAGUCAUGGCGAGGAUCACAAACGCACACAGCCUUUCCUUGCAUGCACCGUCGCGGAGAGAGUAAAUCAAUCAAGCCGCCUUGAACGCAGCCUGAUUUCAGUGCGCUGUGGUGUUUUAUUUAUGCUUUUCACCCUGGCAACAGGAGAUAACCUUGAGCUCACAAUUGCUAUUCAAAGGUGGAUAUUUUCUUUUCUCAGAGGUAACUGCAUUGAAAGCUUUUCAUUAUGUGCCCACCAACCCUGAUGACUUGUUCUUGAGUCGUGUCAAAUUUGCUGCAUUUAUUCCUCUAAUUUUCAACCAGCUCUCCAUUUUCCCAUCAAAGCCAGUCCUCCUUGUCUUGGUUUCACACGUACAUGCAGUACUUUCCCCAUAAUAGGAAGAAACCAGGCUUUUUUUUUUUUUCAUGCCGAAUGUCUGAUGUGUUACGCAAAACCCUGCUCUCACAUCCUGGUAACAGUUGCUACCCUUGACAAGCGGACCUAUAAAUACGUACCAGAGAAACGUACAGGACCUUCAUUCAACAAGCUGUUCGCAACUGCUUAGCCAAUCACAGCUCACAGGGACUAAAUAUUAACACAUGGAGGGGAUUUGUUCGGCUUUGCUGGUACAUAUGACCAAAAAAACGGUAAAUUACCCUCGAAUCUUGAAAGAGAGCAAUAAUGGAGUCUCAGAUUAGUUUGAAUACUGAGGAACAGAUGAGGACAAACCUUUUUACUUAGCUCACCAGGACUAAAUAUCAACACAUGGAGGGGAUUUGUUUGGCUUUGCUGGUGCAUAUGACCAAAAAAACAGUAAAUUACUCUUGAAUGUUGAAAGAGAGCAAUCAUGGAGUCUCAGAUUUGUUUGAGUACCAAGGACUAUAUAAGGACAAACCUUUACACUUAGCUCACCAGGACUAAAUAUUAACACAUGGAGGGGAUUUGUUCGGCUUUGCUGGUGCAUUUGACCAAAAAAACAGUAAAUUACCCUCGAAUCUUGAAAGAGAGCAAUCAUGGAGUCCCAGAUUUGUUUGAAUACCAAGGACUAUAUGAGGACAAACCUUUCCACUUAGCAGUCAUUGAACUUUUUAUUCAUCAAAACAACUCCCAGUUUAUUACAAUCAACUGAUCGAAAGAACGAUUUUUGGAUUAAUUGGAUUUGAAGUGGGCACAAGUAUGAAAAAGUACCAUUAAAGGAGUCUAAAAAGGAAAAAGUGAAUUUGUAUCAGUUAAAACUGGUAUUUUUAGAGGGGAAAUAUUGACCUCUGCUGACUAAUAGGCCUAUUAUGAAUUUAGCCAAAAUUGGUCGAGUGCUUUUUCCAAUUCUGAAACAUUCCCGCCUUUGCUCUCUCCACAGAAAAUGUCACCGAGAUCAAGACAAACAUUUUUGUCACCAGCUUUGGCCCUGUGUCUGAUACCGAGAUGGUGAGUUCAGAAGUCGCGGCGCCACACAACCACACAUCUCCAAAGCGUUUCCACACUACUGUCGGUAUUUCUAGAUCGAAACAAAAGUUGAACUGUUUUCAGCAGAAAGAGAAAACAGUGGUGGACAUAACCCCACAAUGGAAUCUGGCUGACUCAUUCAAAUUUGUUCCAACUGAUUUAUCACUUUAUUAAUCCGUCCUCUUAUGAGGUAGAUGGUUCCACCUGGGUAGCGAAAUGCAUUAAAUCUCCUCUGCUAUUAAAUAUUCUUUUAUAACCUGCCAUAUCCCUGACACACUUUUGACAAAGCAGUGAUCAAACUUGCUACUUCCCUGUAAUUGGCCUGAAAAAAUCUCUCGCAAGAGGGCAUGAUUUAACGCGGUACCAGGCUUAAAUGGUUUGUGGUCCAUUCUUUUACGCCAGUGUGCUAACAGCGCCAUUAUUCUGUGGAAAUUUCCGUCGUACUCUUUUGUGUUUUAGGGCUCGAAGUGUGUCUAAAUUUCACACAUAAGCACGUUUGUGAUGAAUUUCUUCACCCCAGUGUUGGUCCCCUAUAAGAGUGGAUUUAUGCUGCUUCCUUUUUAGCUCUUAAAUGUGAUUUUUUUUACGGUAAAAUACUGUUUUUUAUGCAAUGGAAACUAUAAUCUACUAAUAAAUUCUUCAUGUACUUUUGUUCCAGGAGUACACCAUAGACGUCUUCUUCCGCCAAAGCUGGAAAGAUGAGCGCUUGUGUUUCAAAGGUCCCAUGGAGAUGCUCCCACUGAAUAACUUGCUAGCCAGCAAAAUCUGGACCCCCGAUACCUUCUUCCUUAACGGCAAGAAGUCUAUUGCUCAUAACAUGACAACGCCCAACAAGCUGCUGAGGCUGCAGGAUGAUGGCACUUUGCUUUACACGAUGAGGUAUUGUUCUCGUUUAGGUGACUCACCAACAUGAACGGUUAACCGAAUUAUAAACCAUCAUGGUUAUCAAGGUCUGUUUCUUUUUAAUCACUGUAAUUUUCAUGUCCUCGCUCAUUCAGAGGUAGAUUCAAGCGGCCGUGUUUGAAUGAGUCUGACAAAAAUUCAUGUGAUGAAUAAGCUGAACUGGAGGUUGGUAAAUGGAAGAUUUUGAGAGUGCAUCCAGAUGAAGGACACAGUCAGUGAAGCCUACAUAACACUCUCCAGCUCUGAAGUCUGUGUGGGACUCAGAACGUGGGAAAACAGUGCCAUCCAGUGGCCUCUCAGAGCCAGUUAAUCUAACAACCACAGUAUUGAAAAAGCAAAUUAAAAGAACAUUUUGAAAGGUCUUUUUCUAUUCUUUUCAAACUUUUACACAAAUAUUAAAUAAGAAAAAUUCAAAUAUUUCUCCUGUGAUUACCAGCGUGACGUGUCUCUUUAACUGUAAGCUGUAGAGAGGUCAUCCAUUAUGAAGAGCAGCCUCUUUGUGAACUAUAGAUUUGGCAGUGGUGUCCUGGUUAAUUAGAAAUUCAGGAAAAAAUAGGCCAGUAACCAGAUGGUGAUGAUUAUGAAAUACCACGAGUACUUCCACUGAAUGGCGAAUACACAUUAUUGGAUCUUUAAAAGAAUUAGGCGAGCUAGAUUAAGAAAUUGAGAAUUGAAGUCACUCUGGCAGCUGAAUUGUUGUUUAAUGUGGCGCAAAUGCAGCAUAGCUGCAAGGACUCAUAAUGACCUUUGGACCAGAGAAUUAAAAUAAUGCUGAGCUUAUCCCCAGGAGUUACUGUAGCUGCAGGACUUAAGAGUGACUAUAUCACGGAUGAGAGCACUUUAUCUGUUACCAGUGCUACCCACAGGAGAAAUUCACUGGAUGGAGGACAGAUUAUCCGUAUGCAACCACACUGACAUGUGUGCAUAUCAAAAUAAGUCUUUAUUUAUAGUUCCUACUCCGUCACAUGCAGCAAACACACACACUGAACGCACAUCUUGUGUUUUUAACACCAUUUGACAUCAAACUUAACUUAGAUAGGAUUUUUUUUCACAUAUAUACGCGCAAUUAUAUCGGUAUUCUUCUUGAUUAAGGGAGUGAGAGGCUUCCAAGGAUCGUGCCUCUGCAGAAAAAGCAUCAUUUUCACCGCUGCAGAUCAAAUGAAGCAGCAUUAGAUUUCUUUUAUCAGCAGGUUGUUACGUUGCUGUGUUCGCCACCGUGAGUGGAGCAUCAUGGCGGGGAGCACUGAUUGGAUUUCUUGCAUCUUGCUGCGCACACACAUGCAUGAACAUGACCAUUUAGCUAGCCUCUUUAAGCCUUUUGCCUCCACUUCUAAAUCAUCCUUUACCUCAGUGGUUUCCAAAUUUUAAUUUUGCAGGGCCCCCCUUCUGCAGAUGGGAAUAUAUCAAUAACUAGGGUUAAGGGUUCCUACACAGUUGGAAUUUCCAUACUUUUCCAUUUUUUCCACUUUUUAGAAAUACCAACUCUUCUAUUUUGGAAAACAGUAUUUUAGAACUGUGGUAAUAGUCUGGAAACAUAAAUAUUUUUCCAUACUUUAUUUUCAUUUUCCAUACUUUUAAAGGCCUGGACAUUGAUCAAAUGUAUUUCCAUACUUUUAAUACUCACGUAGGAACCCUAAGGGUUGCCAACUAUCCCUUGAAAAUACAGAAUUGUCCCGUAAUUUACAGCAAAGUACUGUAUAAAAAGUGUAAACAUAUAAUUUAGGCGAAGGCUAACAUAUUAAUUUAGUAUGUCAGAUAGCCAAUUGCCUUCUUGGAUGCCCCUGUAGUCGAGAAAAUAUUGUAAAAUGACCUCUCAGUAAAAAACAUAAAAAAUGUCUCCCAAAGCUUCCCCACAUGACAGAGUCCCCUUUGCAUGCCCCUCCAGUGGACAUUUUGUAACUAGAAAAGCACUCGGAGAGCGCAGACCUCCGCCAAGCAGCUCAUGUCCCCCCUUAUAUUGUGAUUCAUACCAAAACUUUUACUGUUACGUGUCUUUUAUGAACUUUUAUUUGUGUUUAAACUGGUAUGUUCACUGUUCAUAAUGUUCCUAAAACAAGAAAUGCCCUGGCCCGGAUUGGAACCCAGGACCUUCUGGUUGUGAGGUGACAGGGCUAACCACUACACCACUGUGCCGCCCAUCUACACCACUCUGCCGCCCAUUUGUUAUCUUUCAGCAUUGAAAAUUCCAACGACACCCUUAUUUUUGUGUGUUCUGGAUCACAGUAUCCAGAAAUUUGUCUGGAUCAGGAUCAACCUUCGACACCUUAUAAAACUCAUUGAGAUCCGUUUGUGUAAUUUUUUACUAAAGACUCUGGCCAUUUUUAUAGAGUUAAAUGCAAAAAUUCCAAAAUUUGCCCUAUCUUACAAUGAUAAAGAAUCCUUCAAAAAAUUUCAGGUCAAUCGGUCUGUAACUUUCUCCGUAAAGUUGCUAACAGACAAACAAACUAACAAACAAACCAACACUACCAAAAACGUAACCUCCUUGGCAGAGGUAAUGAAACCCCCCCACAGAUGCCCUUCAAUUGAACAAAAUGUGACAAGGUGUCUUAUUGAUAACUCAGUACAAACUUUUGAAUGCUCUCAUGCACAUUUCCACAUGGUGUCUCUCUUUUCAACUAAAUAUGAUUGUGUCAAAGGGACUUAUUUUUAUGUUUCUGUGAAUCUGCCUCCAUCUAUAGGUUCAGGGUGACCAUACAUCCUCUUUUACAUGGACAUGUCUUCUUUUUUGGGGGUUGUCCGGGAAAGUUAAUAAAAUCCUUCAAAUGUUUGCGAUUUUGUACGUAAGUUUCGAUUUUGUGUCACGUGGACUGACUGAGUUAGAAGCGUCUAAAAGACACUUGAUCCGACCCGAAAAACUCUCAAAAUUAACUUCAUGCGACUCCGUGAUAGCGCCCCUGCGUAGUCGUGUCCUCUUUUUGGGAAGUCAGAAUAUGGUCACCCUAUAACCCCCCAUAUUAGCACAGGUUGAGUGCAUUCAAUCAUUUUGCUCUUCUGGUAUAUUACCUGCAGACUGGUGGCUUUCUGAAGAUGCUGUCACGGUGAACAUUCUUGUGCUUUCACACAACAGUUACUUGUUAUUUUUCACACGUUGGAUGUAUAGAUAUAAACCUAACUCCUGCUGAACAGAUUGUGUGUAUACAAGUUAUAAGAUCUCUAAAAAUACGCUUGUUAGUGUGAAAAGACAGAUUGUUCAUGGUUGCACGUGGUCUUGUACAUCAUUAAGCGCCUGCACUCCAAACUCAGCCGUUUCUGUUUUCGUUGUGUCAUCUAAGUUCAGUACUUUCUUGCAAGGUCAGGCGUUUCGGAGACUUUAGAUUUCCCAUAGGUUUGAAGGCCCAUCUGCUGGUCUUUUUUGAGGGUUUUCCCCACUGCAAGUCCACGCUGGCUGCGGGCCAUCCUUUCCCCCCCUGAUAUCUAAAUUAUUGCAGCAGAACGACACAUCCAACGUGACCUUGAAGGGGCUGAUUGUCUGGCAUCCUUGCUUCUCGGGGAAGGCCACAUGAAUAAUUAGAGCAUGGUGUAAUAGCCAGAAGUCAUGUUCUCAUGACUAUUUAUCCCAAAGACACUCUUUCUUCUGCUUUGUUCAAACGCUUCAUGCAUAAAUGCAGUUGGAUUAUCUUGCAUCUGUAGGGACCAAAGGUAGCUUUUCUUAUCACUUUAGUUCACUCGAACAAAAGAAUAAGGAGACAUCCUGCAGACACAUACAUGCGAGAAGCUUUUGAAGCAUGCAAACCAUGACCCAAGAGGGUUUUGUUUUACAGUGACGCGGUUCAAUCAAACACAAAUAAAUCAGUGCAUCCUGUUUCUGUUUCUGCAUCAUACGUCUGAAUGAUUAAAGCAGUAAAUUAAGGCCGAUAAGAGAGAAACAUUGGAGUUAAUAAACAAAUUUUUGAGCAUCAAUUUCCACACCACUUGCUUUUUUUUUAUUCAGCCCAUUAGGUGCAGAGAAUUCACGUCGUAAUACCUCCGCUUAGAGAAUACCCAGGGGGACUCGAUUUAGUUCAAGGCAAAAAAGGAUGAUGAAGAUGUGUGUUCAAACGCCUUUACAGUAUAUGUCACAUCCACACACACACCACUUUACAUUUGCUGUUAAUCAAAUUUAGGAAAAGAGACUUAAACAACACAGAAAACUUGUAACCACCAGGUGGCAGUAUUGCAGCUGUCAAACUAUUCAUGCAAAAUGAAAGAAAGCUGAACUAUCAUAUGACAAACAGAAGAAAAUCAACUUCCUCCCCAGUGUUUGUCCAUUUAUAUGAUGUCUGAGUCGUAUUUCAGAGACUUUAAAGUGAGGUUCAUUAACUCAUGUAACUCAGGGGACGAUCUGGCUGCUGAUGUGAGACUGUGCCGCAAAGUUAAUGGAUAUAUUGUAUGUGUUUUGUCUCAGGCUGACGAUAUCAGCAGAAUGCCCCAUGCAGUUGGAGGAUUUCCCCAUGGAUGCGCACGCCUGUCCUCUCAAAUUUGGCAGCUGUAAGUACAUAAAAAAAAAACACUUUUCUAAAUGUUGAUUUUCCACCAUCCUAAUCCCAGUUGUCAUGAUAAACAAUGGCGAUAAAGAGGAGCUAAUCUAGAUUUAGGAUAAGAUGGGAUCGACCUCAAGACAAUGGGGAACAAUUAAAAGAAAUGCUGCCGCAGGAGUUCUGAAGAGUCGGAGGAUUACUGACACAGACUUUUUUAACUUUUACUGCUGUUUACUGCUCACACUCCUCCCACCAAAUGAUGUUCCAGUCAAGGUGGCCAAUCAAUGUCGCUAUAGGAAGUAACAACUCAAUUAUUUGUCAUUUCAACCAAAGACCGAUUGGGUAUUGUGGUCCUUUUAGCUGAAAGUAUCAGGUCCUGUGAGAAACUGGAGUCCUUAUUGGACAGAGUAGCAGAACCAUUGCAGUCGAAUCAGGUGAGCUGUUUGUGUGAAGUGGCAUCUACUUUUUUUAGUGAUGAUCCAGACAUGGUAAUCAAUAGAUGCAUGCUUCUUCAGCCAGGAUGGGUCCAGAGAGAUGUCUUCUGGUUUUAAUCGAAAAUCACAUCCCAAAGUAACAAUGUCUUGUUCUGAGGAGUUUAACAAUUGGUUUACUGACUUAUUGGGCAGUCCGUUCCUUUCGAGCCACAGUCCAUUUACUGAGGGUGUCAAUGUUAAGUUUGACUUUAGAGGUUGGGCCAAAAAAGUCAAUUAAAUCCACUUGGCAUCCCGCAUACACUGCUGAACAAGCCUCAUUGCUGUGGACUGUAUCGGUUCAUGUUUGACGCAUUAAUUGUUCAGUCUUGGCUCCAUGUUUGAUUUUCAAUUAGGAAAGUUAGCCCCAGGAUUUAAAGUGAUGUUAGGAUACAAGUUUCAGGUUUAGUGCAGAGCUUAUGUAUGAGUCCAUUACACCAAGGAGUGGGAAGUCCAGAGUGAGCAGAGACACAAAUUUGCAUACCAAGCCUUUUUUUAUGUUGUAUUUUAUCUAAAAUGUUAAAACAAAAGAAAUUACCUCCCUAUUAGAGAUGGGAAUUGUUACGAUUUUAUCGAUAUCAAUGCCAUUAUCGAUUCUGCUUAUCGAUUCAAUUCUUUAACGAUUCCCUUAUCGAUGCCUUUCUUUGAUUUAAAAAAAAAAGUGGACUGUAGGUUUUCACCGUUAACUCAAAAUUUUUAUUGAGUCUCUGAUAACAGAAGUCUAAAAAUAAUCAAACGACAAACUAUUUGUACAGCGUUUACCUCGGUUGGUAUUAAGUCAAAUUAGGGUGACCAUAUUCUGGAUCCCCAAAAAGAGGGCAAACUAAGUGGGGGGCGGAGUUGCACGCUAAAUUUCACGGGUUUUGGGGUCAGGUCAAGUGUUUUCGACACACUUCUAACUCAGUUAGUCCAAGUUAGGCAUGCAUUGUGCUUAUGUUAACACAGGACAUACGUACUUUCCAUGCCAUUGCUGAGGCGGGGCAGCAGUGGCUGACGAUUGUAAGAAAGGAAUCAUUAAGGGAAUCGUUAUGAUAACAUGUAAAUGAUGUCGAUUGAUUGAACCAUUUGGAACAGGUUCUCAACAAAAAACGGUUCUCGAUUCCCAUCCCUACUCCCUAUUUGCCAUAUUUGAGUCCAACUGAGCUCUCACUCUAUAUCUAAAGGACUCUAACUAAAACUCAUAAAAUGCAUGAACAAAUCCAGAAGCUUGCAGCAGAAACUCUGCUCCCUUGCAGCUCCUGCUCAGUAACUUUAAAGACGUCCCGGUUAAAAGAGGAGCGAACAGAACUGCAUAUUCAGCACUUCAUUCAUCCAAUAUUCUUAAGGGGUUUCACUCGUCUUGAAUACCCUCUUGACAAGAUAACUUGUUUGUGUGACCUAGCAUCGAGGACAUGUAUAGAAACUUGAGUGGCCCUGGGGGUAUUUAAAGACAGAUCUGGCCAAAAGCCACACCUUGGAAGCCUCUUGGGCUAAAGGGAUGAGGCUCUUAUCCCAAGAUUGCUGUGAGACGCGCUCCACCCACACUCGCUAUGUGAGGGACACACAGUUGACUGCAAUCCUAUUACAGCGUAAGGAGCUGCUGGGUCUACCCAUGGCAAACUAUAACCUAAUCACUACGGUGUAUUGCCCUCGAGGUGAGAGUUGUAAGUGUAUAAUAGGAAUCAUGUGUUAAUAGCAACACUCCAUUUUGCAGGUGUCAUCAUUUCAGCAAAGAGGAAAAACUCCCAUAUGAGUGUUUCUUCUUGUAUGUUCCCAUCUGGUCUGAUCACACCCCGAUCUACCUUUGUCCUCAUGUGGCACCUGGCCACAGAUGGUAAACCCUUCACAUUCAUUAUGACUCGUUUUAUGACCACAUUAUGUUUAUGGGCAAAUUUGACCUAUCGCACAGCAUUUGCUUCUAUAGGGCAAAGUUGUGGGCGGAGUCUCGGGCAACAUUUGUAAAGGUUAGAGUAGAAAGUGAGGUUGGUUAAGGCUAAGGGGAACUAAUCCUUUAUUCUGGCCUACACAUCCUGAUCCUUAUUUACCUGCUGGCCUGUAGCCAUGCAGCUCACAGAAAUACACUGACUAGUUCAGGCAAUUGUAUUGAAGAUGAAUCUUUUUCAGCAGAAAAGUGCAGCACGUUCCUCUUUCGACAUACGUCCUCUGAAGUAGGAAAUUUGUUGAGUUGGCUUCUGGUGUGAAGAGGAUGGAGUGGGUGUGAUCUUGUCCAGCUCCCAAGAACAAAUUUUCAUUUUCCAUCACUUACUGUCUUGCAGCGUGCUCCGUCCAAGUCUUUAUUUUUAACAGCGACAAAGUACAGUACAAACAUGUCCAAGUGUGGCGAGGGAACGAGGCAGCAGAGAGCCUGACUGCUCGUGCUUGUGCGAAUGGACGUGUGAUAUUUUUCUGGUGAUAGGCUUUUUGAAAGAAAGUUAGAGGAGAUACACAAAUAUAUAUAUAUAAAGGUUCUGUACACCUAUCGCAAUGGUGGAAGAUGUUGUCUAACUUGCAAUACGCCCCAAAAAGGAUUAAAAAUAAGAAAUUAGACUAAUUACCAAUGUUACAGCUGUGCUGAAAGUGUUCAGUGUUUAAAGGGAUAUUCUGGCGUAAAAUUAAGUUAGGGUCAAACAAACCUCGAGAGAUGAAUGUUGCCGACUACUUGCUUCUGUAGUUACACCAGCUUACGACCGCACGAUAGCAAUACACAGCAAUCUAUGGAUUCACGCACACACCUCAACCAAAACGCCACUCUAUAGCCACAAAUGAUGCUCAGAACAGCACCUAACUUCAUCAACAGUAUAUAUAGGGUCCCAGCCAUAGUACUAGCCACAAACAUCAUAAAUGUUCUUCCUUGAGCUGCGUCACCCCGCUGUAGUCCGUACUGGACUCGUUCAAGCUCUCUUCACAAACAAGCAGCUGCUGGAAGAGAGAUGGCAAGUUGUGUUUCGUCUCUUUGCUAAAGAAAUAAGGCAAAGUUAAAAAGAUGUUUGGUGGCUAGUACUAUGGCUAGGACCCUAUAUGUACUGUUGAUGAAGUUAGGCGCUGUUCUGAGCAUUAUUUGUGGCUAUAGGGUAGCUUUUUGGUUGAGGUUUGCGCGUGGAGAUGUAGACCGCUGUGUAUUGCUAUCGUGUGGUCGUUACUAAAGUUGGUAAAACUAGAGAAGUAAGCAGUUGACAACAUUCAUCUGUCAAGAGGGUGUCUAACUCGGUGUUACGGUGUGUUUGACCUUAAAUUAAUUUUACGCCGGAAUAUCCCUUUAAUGUUUUGGCUAAAUCUCCAUCUUAAACCUUUACGUAUAUCUUAACAAUUGAUACUAAGCAGAAUCAAUAAUGGCAUUGGUAUCAGUAGAUGAUUAACAGUUCCUACUUCGGCCACCACCAGCCCCUAUGUCAUAUCUCUGCACCCCUAGACUCUUAGCCUGAACACACAUUUCUUCGAAUAUUGACAGGUUAGGCAUUAGGUUAACCUUUUAAAGCUGCACUUCCCCUCUAAGAAUAGCUCCUUACCGGGCCCAAGACCCCCUGUUUACAGAUAACACACAGGGAUCAAUUCUUAACCACAAAUGCUCUUUUGCAUUUUUAAACUCCACUCCAUCACAUUCAUUCAUCUCAAAGCUCAAAUAUGAGGUAAUAUACAUUUCAAUAAAGGCACAGGUCGAUGCUUUUCAUGCAGACGGAUAGGAGACAAGCUGCUGAUGAACACCUACAUGCUACAAAUCCUCAUUAUUAUUCUGGUUGAAUCCUGUCCAACGAAAAAAGACUAAUCAGUGUUGAUGAUUUGAAACAGCUUGCUCCUCAAAUGGUUGCAUAAAUUUGCAGAUGAUGACGUAAGGUGUAAUGUGACACACAAAAAAAAAAAAAAAAAAAAAACAGAAUAUGGUCCCAUGAGUCAUCCCGCAGCCCCUCUUGCCUUCAACCCACAGAAACCCUGCUGAACAUACUGUAUGUGGCCGUGAAUCAUUUCAUAAUUGCUCUUCUUUCCGGGAGACUUUGCGGCUCGGAGACGUUGAUGAAUGUUUUCCUGAGCAGACCUGGGAGCUUUCAUAAAAGACGCCGACAAACUCACAAGAAUAUCAGACCAAAUCAUCGCCGCACCUGGAUAUCAUUGGCUCUUUAGGAAGCAUUCAACAUCUGAGAGUUAGCAGAGCAGGGCUGUAGAGAGAGUGGGUCGAGGCCAAGAGCUGAACCAGUGAUCCCCUACCUGUGUUAAAACUAUUAGAGAUUAAAAGGCCGGAACUGAACUGAUUAAAAAAGACAAAAUGAGUGCGCUUCAAACCUUAGAUGCUCUUGUUAAUGUGGUUAAUUUCUGAUAUUUCUAAAACUAGCGGUCAACCAAUUACAGUCCGACUCUAACCAACCUUAAGUAAUAAACUGUGACCUCCUAAAUAGCAUUUAAAGGUCCUUACACACCGGGAACGACACAAAUAUAUGACACGAAAUUACGGAAUAUUCGGAGGCGAAUUUUGACGCGCCUGACCAUGCACAUCAAGCGCGAUGUGAUUUUGCGACUUUCCGGGGGGAAAAAAGUCGCGUCCUGGGUGGAAGCGAGAAGACUGACACAACAGCAGACUGACAGUUUUUCAGUUCUGAUUAGACACUAGUGUUGAGAUUUCUGUCUGUCAUGAUAGCAUGUACUGAGUCGGGGCCAGUACCAGAUAAACACAUUAAACUAUAAUCCAUAAACGUAAGGUAACAACAGAGACCUAAUGGAGCUGUGAUAGCAACACGAUUGAGUUUGAGACAGUGAAAAUACAUAUGGUAUGUUGUAUCUGAACAGGUUAGCUUACGAGCUAAAGUUACUUAGCACAGAUGAAAGUUAAAACAAAGACGUUUAGCAAACUGUUAAAGCACACAAACCAUCGUCAUAUGAGAAAUCCAACGCUAUGACUCUCCACAAGUUGUCCUUCAGGUCUUUAUCUUCGUAAUGUUUGUGUUUUUUUAUCAAAAAGCACUCUGUUCUCCGACACGUAAACAAUUAGCCGGUCGGCCAUGUUGGAUAUACCGGUGAAUCUGACAUCGCAACAACACGAAAUCUGAUUGGUCAGAAGUGGACACACAGUAUGCGAAACUGUAGAUACGAAAAAAUAAAUGCCGCAAUAUCGCAGGACAAGAAAAUGUCGCUGACGUGGAUGCUUGUAUUGACAGGAUACGGGUUCGAAAAAAAUAUUGACGUCCAAAAUAAUCGCACGAAAAGAACACUCUGGGUGUGUAAGACCUUAACACUGCAGUCCUGGUGGUCUUAUUGUUAAAAUUUCUCUCCUAUCUUUACUGGACAUGUUUUCAUUGGUUCCUUUUGAAGCAUCAUACAGUUUGCAUUAAAAAUGAUCAUGCGGAGAGGUGCGCAGAUGGCCGAGCGGGUUAGCGUACCCCAUGUAUGGGGACCACGGUCCCUGUAGUGCAGCCCAUUGAUAGGUCCCUGUCCUAUCAAUAAAAGGCAAAAAGUGCCCCCCAAAAUAAAUGAAUAAAUAAAUAAUAAUGAUCAUGUGGAAGGGGCAGACCUGGUUCUAGGGUUACUGAAUAGUCAUAAAUCAACAUAAAACUGAAUAGUCUUUGUUGCUGUUUUUUUAACCGUUAUGUUUAUCUUUGGCCCGGCUAUGAUGGGAUAAAAAUGCAUAUUGUAGCUUUAACCCGUCUGGAAGCCCUUCUUAAAAGAAGAACAAAACUCUUUGCGAUCACUUUGACCUAACUGGAUGAAACUUAAUCUUUAGACGUGAUUAUGAACAUUUAUGAAUAUCAAGCAUAUCUUCUGCAGUUACUUCCUGAAAGGUUUCAGACGGUGUUGGUCCGAUAGGUGAUGAGUUUGGCCGAGUUGUCGCUGUAGCUUGCCUCCCACACAAGACAGGAGCAGCAAAGCAUUAAGUGUGAACUGUUGUGAAGUUGGCACAGGUGGCCUGUCGUGUUUGCCAACUCUUUAGCUCUUCCUCCACAUAAUGAAAUUCAACAAUAAUCCCUUGUUCUAAUCUAACUACCCUACAAUUAAGGGCGUGGCCCUUGGCCUGUCAGCGCCCAAAUUUAAACACUACAGUCAUUGUACACCUGUUCUGACCUGCCAAAGGGAGACCCAGAAUAGAAACACUCAAGUUAAGAUCUAAUCAGCUGACCAUAGAUAAACAAUGCCAACCCUGUUAUACAAGGCCAAACUAAGGGUUUAAUAAGUGUUUGUUACAGUCAGCAAAACAAGCUGUGGACAUUUAAUAUGAUGUUGAUAUUUAAGAGGCAUACAGCUACUUUUUUUUUAAAGUAAUCGAUCCUAAUUGUCUGACAGCUUGCGCUUUCCUUUUCAUUAUUUACACAGAAACUAAACCGCUCUCCGCCCCAGAGCAUUAAGAAAACAAAUCUGACAUUAAAUUGAGUUUCGACAGCAAGAAAGCUGACGCAGCCAUCUUAAAUCAUCGUUUUUAUCCUCCUGUAUUUUUCUCACACGGAGGCCCCCCACACUCGGGGCCGGAUGAUGUAUUGCCGCUCACACAGGAUUCAACAUGAAUAAAUGAAACAGGAGUACGGGCUUCAGAGUCCCGGCUCUGCUUUUUCAUCAGGAGUGUGAUGCAACAAAAUGUGGUUAAUCUGACUCGGUGUGGUUUCUCCUCUCACCCAAAAGUGUGGAUUAAACAAAAACACACCCAGAUCUUCGCCUGUGCAAGCAAAGCUAUGUUUUGGACCCCGAUUGUGCAAUCAAAUACGAGCAAAAGCGAAGCAAUCUCAGGGCUGGAUCUAACCUUCUCCGUCUCUCCAUCAGAUGCCUAUCCUGUAUCAGAAGUGGUCUACACUUGGACUCAGGGAGCUGCUAAAUCCGUGGUGGUAGCUGAGGACGGCUCCAGACUCAACCAGUACCAUCUUAUUGGACAAACUGCAGGGGUAGAGGACAUUCACACAAGCAGAGGUGGGUGUGUUUGUGUGUCAAAUACAUCUAUCAAUGUGCUCUGGUCGCCCACUUUUUAAAAUAAGGAACUUUUUAUUCUUGCAGUUAAAAUACUUGAUCUGUUUGACUAAAAAAUCACUUUUGUUUUGUAACUAGAAAACCUGCAAAAGAUGUUUACUUUCAGUUCAGAGGAUAAACAGCACAGACGGCGAUUUAAUUUUAAGCACCAGUUAAUCGGACAACAUUAAGACAGAUGUGUAUUUCCGAGGUCGGGGUUAAAAUGUGGAACUCCCUACAGCAGGGGUGGGCAAUUAAUUUUUACGUGGGGCCUCAACUGUGUUGGAGGGCCGAACCAACAAUAACUUCAACUUCAAAUCGGCGGGGUUCACACAUACAGAAAAGCAAGCCCAAAUAUGCAACAAAUAGUUAAAAACAAGCCCAAAAAAUGCACCUGUGAGUUUUACAAGCGACCUCUGAGAAAAAACAAGCCUAAAGUCAUUUUUAAUACACAGACUUGACAACUCUAAGGCAUCUACGUAUAUUUUUCCCAUGUUUAAACUUCUCUGCUCAUGAAUGCAGAUCUAGGAUGUGCACACGUGCGUCAAAAUGGAAAUAAAACACCGGCUAGGUUUUCAAAAUAAAAGCAACACACUUGUAUAGCAUGUUGAUGAUUUAUUGACGGACCUCACGAAGGGCUGGAUGUGGCCCUCGGGCCGUAAGAUGCCAAGGUCUGACCUACAGAAUAAUUUAAAGGGCUGCACAAAUAUAUUUCAGUUUAAAACAAAGUAUAAAGAAAGUAUAAUAACAAAAUAUGAAGCUGACGGAUAGUGUUUUGUGAUAUCCAUACAUUUCCUUUUAUGUGGUUGUAAUAUUGUUUGUAAAGUUAUAGAAAAAUAACCUGAACCUUUGUACGUUAUUGUUUAUUUCUGUUUUGAGCGAGGGGCCGGUAAAAUAAGCCUUGUCUUCUCCCUGCUCCCCUCUGGGUUAGAUGCCUUUUGUGUUUAUGGAAAUGCUUAAAAAUGGCCACGAGCGGAGCAAAUAUAAAACAAAACAAAAACUUGGACAGGUCAGCUUUAGACGACUCAUUUUAAAGUUUGUUGCAGCAUGCUGUAUGUUUCUCUGGAGCUCUACCUGGUUUCCCCUUGGAGCUUGAGGUCUUACUAGGCUGAACACGACCUCUAAUAGAUGCAGCAGUAGUCAAAGUUUAAUCCGUUCCAAACUUAUCCAAGAUUAAAUCUCACUCUUGCAUAUGUUUUAAUUUGUACUUUAAAACCUCUUUCUCUCUACUUUUUUUUUUGUUCAGGAGGGAAAUAAAAAAAAAAAAGUCCCUCUCGAUGAUGUGAGGCAGGAGUUUCAUAGGGAAUAAAGUGACGUAACUAAUUCUAGGUUAGAUAAGAUCAACACUGCUGGAAAAAGAUGAGCAUGUGAGGCGGAGGAACUGUGGGUAACAUUAUCAGGAGUCAAUGAGCGGAGGGUAGUGGAGGAGAGUAGCCUAUCCCUCGCGCAGCCAGCUGUCUACAGGCCGGGAUAGCACUGUAAAACAACACUUAUCCCUGCGUGAGCCCCAUGCACACACACACACACACACACACACACACACACACGGCUAGAUAGAAACCUGGGACUGAGGGUUAAUCCCCCCAUCCAACCACCCAUCAGCUUUUGCAUAAGAAGAUGACAUCACAGAUCAGCGAGGGAUUGGUUGGUUGUCCCUGAGUGUAUCUGUGCGAUGGUGGAUAUUUGCUCUGUCACAUUUACUGUUGUCAUCACCGAGUAUCUCAUUCGCAAACCUGCAGUAUAAGUGCGUUUUCAUUGUUCACUGGUUAAGCUAUCCUGAUUGGAUAUUCGGAAAAAAAUAAUUUCUUUCCGCAGAUCAGAGGAGUUUGAUAUCAAAAUAACAAUGACCAAAAAAAAUUGGACUGAUAGUUUUAGAAAUAGACAUCAAAGUGUGUGUCUGUGCGGACAGAUUGGACAGCCCAGCUCUGACAAGAGGGGGUGGGGCAGGGCGGGGUAGGGUAGGGUAGGGUGGGGUGGGGGAGGGGGCGUUUAAAGGCAUCUGCUUAAAACUCUUAUGUAAAACCGAACUGUAAUACACUUCCCUCCAGCCUGGAGGAGAAUCAUUAUUAAAAGGGUGGAUUUCCCUUUUUUUCUCCCCUCCCUCUCAUUUGUGCAGCCCGGCUGAAACCUCAGCUGUUUAAACAAAGGGUUAAAGUCUCCAUAGGUCGAGGGAGGGGGUCGCUUUCAUUGCUGAUUUACUCGCUAUAUGAUUGGUAAAAAAAAUGAUUGAUUGGAUUUGGUUUCAGCUGGUGCUAAAAACUGUGAAUCAAACUAUCUAGGAAUUAUCAGUAUCAUUGCGUGCACUAUGUGUCUGGUUUUGAUAUUUCCCACAUGGACAGCCGCACUGUCUGUAUCAGUGAUGCUGCCAAUGCGACUGGUCACGUGGAUGACAUGAUGCAGCAUAAUUCUAUGAGUUGGAGCCUCCUAUGACGUUGUUAAUCCCCCCUUUUGUCCUGGUAAGGUGAAAAAGAAGCAGAUUUUAAUAUUUCAGCACCCGCAAGAAGUUUGUCGAGAUCUCUUCGUUCAGGUGAUGCUGCGUGUUUCACGAAUACGCGACACUCAAAAGAUACGUCGCACACAAAGUCAAACAUGGCCCGCUGUGAUCCGGCGAGGCAGCUAGUCAUCAGAACUCAUCAAAGUUGUAUAUUAUGAGAAAAUGUCCCCAAAAAUAGACGCAUUUGCUCUGAAGGCCUGUAGAUUCAACAGAUAAAAGGAGAGGCAAAGGCAAGCUGUCAGCCGCUUGAUUAAAAGAAACCUGACAGUCGCCUGCUGCGUUACGGGGUCCAGGCGAGGUAAUCAAGCACUUGUAAACUGGGAAUUCAAAGCAACAGUCAAUUACCGAUCGGUGAGACUCCUUAGUGUUGAUACUGCAAGAAAAAACAGCGAAACCUUCUGUGCCAGUCAAAAAAGUAGAUAAAAUAUGUAAGUAAUGGUAUGAAUCCGCUCACUAACAUAUAGAGGAAGCCCCUGCAAGGAGUUCUAGAUGCAUCCUUCAGCAUCAAUAUUGACUGAUAAACACCAAAGAUCUUUAAACCUCCAUGUCUGAAGGUCCACAGCUGAAAAUAUUGGAUGCAUGUGUUGUUAUGAGCCUUAACUUCGCAGAUCUAAUAUUAGACAACACUUCUGUUGGAGAACAUGAAGGAGGAGAUUAGUCCAACCAAUUUGUCUUUAAAGGAUCUGGCUUCUCCUGUCUCAGACAGUAACAUCUUUCCUAAAAUAACCCUCAUUCUAAAGUAAGACGCUGUCUACGGUUCUAUUUCAGUUUGAAGGGACCUGCAGGACUUGUGUGGACUUGUUUUCCUUGCUUUCUUUGAGGUAGUUUCUCAACAGUGAUUGCCAGUUUUGACUUAACCUUCAAGGAACUGUGCAGGAAAAGGUAAAGGCAGAAACGACACUGUUUGUACUCACCAGUUGACCAGCAUGGCAGCAUUGUUCCCCGACAUAAAAGGAAGUUCCCCUUGGACGUAGCAAAAUAGAUAUCCUUGGGAUAAAAGCAGUAAGGUCUGCCAAAGGACCAUGUUCCUCUUUAUUCCUUUGCCCCCAGUCCUGUUGGGAUCCAUGCAUCAAGGGCAGAGGGCACCCUGGGGUGUCCCAGGUUGGCAGCGCCUGGGUACGCCUGGAUGUUUCCAACAGCAGUAGCAGUUGACCGGGUAGUUGUGGGCCAGGCAGCCUGGAGUCAUGAGGGCGAGAGAGGGCCCAGACGAUGGGGUCGCAGCACAGAACUAACGGUGUCGGUGAUCCCCUGAUCGAGGCAUGGCCGGUUUGCCCUCAGCGAAUAAACAAACUAAUGACACUCACUUUCAGGCAGCUGUCAGUCCUUUCCCAUUGUACAUGUUCAGACCAGGCCUCUUCUUCCCUUCACAUGCCAGCCAGAUCCAUCAAGAGUGUCUGAUCAUGUUUCCUCAAAGAGCCGUCAAAUAUCAAAAAGGAAAACCAGAGCAAAGAUCAAAAAGAUGUCCACUCGGUUAGCCCCCCUCCAUCCCACCAGUGAUUAGCAGCGGUAAAUGUUCCCCCUUUGUGGCUUUGAGUGUGUCCUGAGGUGUGUGUGUGUGUGUAUGUGUGUAUGUGAGUGUGUGUGUGUCUGUCUGUCUGUGUGUGGGCAGUAGCUGUCAGCAGUCAGAAAUCAUGCUUCAUGUGUGUUUCAGACUGUGCAUGUGUGCGUGUCGAAGCCUGGAUUGGCAGGCUGGAGGGGGCGUGGCUUAAAACUCUGUGAGGAUCCCAGGACAGGAAGCUCUCACCCCCACCAACACACACACACACUCACUCCCUCUCUUUCUCUCACUGAUGGCAGGAUGCAGAUUGUAACCAGGGAUUAGGGAGGUUCAAAAAUCCGAUUUUGCCCCGAGAAAGCCGUGCGUAUUACUCUGUGUGUUUGUGUGUGUUGGUGUAUGUGUGUGUACAUGUGUUUUAGUUAUAGGGAGGGGGAGGAGAGAGAGAGAGUGUGUGUGUGUGUGUGUGUGGGCUCCACUGUGUGGAGUAAAGGAGUCAUUGGGUUUCACAUAGUUUACCAGCUCCUGCAGCCACAAACUGCUGCAGGCAAGGGGAUUUUUUAAAGCUUCAUAUUCAAUCUUAACCGAAAAUUUCAUCCUCUCUCUCUUUUAUCUUCCUCUCACCGUCUCUGAUGACGAAUUUAAUAUUACCAUCACUGCUCUAUUGUAAAAUCCCAGCAUAAUCUAAAUUCAUGAUCCUAAAACAGUGAAGGCCUCCUGUUUUUUUUUUUUUUAUGUAGAUUCAGUUACAGAGUUAAAACAAUUACUGAAAAUCUGAAAGCAAUCCUGCAAAUGCAUCAGAGCCAGCUGAUUGAAUGAAGUCUGCACUGCAAAAAAAAAUUAAUCUAACCAAGUGAAUUUGUCCAUUUUUCAAUUUUGUCCAAUUUGUUUUUUUUUUUAACUUAGUUUUUAUUGUUUCUUUCUUUUUUUUUCUUUUUUUACAGUACAGUACAAAAUAUACAUUUCAAAACAGUUAUGUAUCCUUUCCUCUUUCUCAGUUGUAAGUGUAUUUUUACAAACAUCCAUAGGCAAUAGAAGGUGGAAAUAAAAAACUAAAACAAUCGGAAUAUCAAAUAAAUAGGUAAUGUCCACUCUAGAGUAUAGAAUUACUGGUACAAAUGUCAAUCAGAGGCAGGAUGACGGCAUUUUGAUAUACAACAGAAGGGUUUUACAUAAUAAAUAUUGUCAUUGCAGCAACAAAGGUAGUACAGGUUUCCAUCUUUUAGUGAAGGUGGCUUUCUGGAGCCUGCUCCAUUUGAUAAAUAUCCCACACGAUUUGAAUCCAUACCAAACAUCCUUUUAACUUUGCUGAUUUCUUUAGCGAAGAGACUAAACACAACUCACUUACUCUCUUCCAGCAGCCGCUUGUUUGUAGCGAGAGCUCGACCAGUCCAUCACGGAGUGCUGCAGGGUGACACAGCUCAAGGAAGAACAAUUAUGAUUAAUUCUUCAUGGAAAUGCAAUCAGAUGGAGACGCCAAGGCAGAAGAACUACUGCGUCUGCAGUGCAAAGUGAUUAAUAUGGUGAUUAUUACUUGAAGGAAAUGAUAAAGAAAUGAUCAUAAAUGUUCUUCCCUGAGCUGCGCUCCCCCGCCUAAGUCAAGGAUGGACUGGCCUGAGGUCUUGCUGCAAACAAGCGGCUGCUGGAAGAGAGUAGGUGAGUUGUGUUUAGUCUCUUUGCUAAAGAAAUUAGUAAGUAAAAAGAUGUUUGGUAGCUAGUGCUGUGGCUGGGACCUUAUAUGUACUGUUGAUGAAGUUAGGUGCUGUUCUGAGCAUUAUUUGUGGCUAUAAAGUGGCAUUUCGUUGAGGUUUGUGUGUGGAUCCAUAGACCACUGUGUAUUGCUAUUGUGGGGUCGUUACUUAAGUUGGUAUAAUUAGAAAAGCAAGGGUCAGCAACAUUCAUCUCUCGGGGGGGUUUCUAACUCGGUGUUACGGUGUGUUUGACCCUAAAUUGAUUUUACGCCGGAAUAUCCCUUUAAGUCCUUAUUUUUUGUGUUAAGAGUGCGUACAAACACUCGGCUAAAAGUAAAAAACAUCAUUUAGGAUCAUAAUAAAGUACAAGGCCAAGUCUUGAAGCUUCCAAGGAUGUUACAAAAGCUUGAAAAGACUCAGUGACUUCUCAGAGGAUAAAAUUCAAAAGCUCAAAUCCUUCAACUUUUGGAUGUAGGGUGAAAAUACUUUGCUGAAAGUGAAAUCUGGCGCUUGAUUUAUCGAGCGUUAUCAAAAUUAAGUCCAAGCUCUUAAACUGAAACACAGAGUUGAUCCAUGAUACGAGUUUCGCCAUAAUCGAGCAGCCAAUUCAGCUGUGCACUCAUAAAAUUUACUCUUGUGUGUUUCAGCUUAGAGUCAAAUUUCCCAUCAGUAGAAAAGUCCUGUUUAUUGUCCCUAUCUAACUUUAUUUCCUUUUUAUUCCUUUUUCCCCUCAGGACAGUAUACAGUGAUGAUGGCCCACUUCUACUUGAAGAGGAAGAUUGGAUAUUUCGUCAUCCAGACAUAUAUGCCCUGUUUCAUGACCGUAAUCCUGUCCCAGGUUUCAUUUUGGCUGAACAGAGAAUCAGUUCCUGCGAGGACCGUCUUUGGUAAGAGAAAGCUUGUUUACUCCUGUCCCUGUUUUUAGUCGCUUUUAUGUGUCUCUGUAAUAUGCCUGUCAUGUCUGCCACACCAGGGAGAAUAAUAAUAGUCGCCCACUGAGCUGCAGCUGGCAGUCCGAGUUAUUAAAAGUGCUUACCUUUUUAAGAGAACGGAGACUUGUUUUCUAAAAAAAAAUCACAGCACAUUUGUCAAACUCUUCCAGGGGUCACCACGGUGCUGACCAUGACCACCCUCAGCAUCAGCGCCAGGAACUCGCUCCCCAAAGUGGCGUACGCAACAGCAAUGGACUGGUUCAUUGCCGUCUGCUACGCUUUUGUCUUCUCCGCCCUCAUUGAGUUUGCCACUGUGAACUACUUCACCAAGAGGAGCUGGGCCUGGGAUGGAAAGAAGGCUCUAGAGGCGCAGCACCCAAAGGUACAGACAGAUUGGACUUAGUAUAAGUUAAAAGACCUAGAUCUGGUCCUCUUCAGACCUUAUAUAGGCCCAAGCUUGGAGAGGUCACUGGUGUUUCCUGACAAUGAGUUUGAGCCCAUGCAGUGAAUUCGACUGCAGAGUCUGGUCUGAUCUUAAAGGGAUAUUCCAGCAUAAAAUUAAUUUAGAGUCAAACACACCGUAACACCGAGUUAGACAGCCCCUCGAGAGAUAAAUGAAUGUUGCCGAUGCUUGCUUCUCUAGUUAUUCCGACCUCAGUCACGACCACAUGAUAGCGAUACACAGCAGUCUGAGAAGCCAUAAACAAACCUCAACCAAAAUGCCACUCUAUAGCCACAAAUAAUGCUCAGAACAGCACCUAACUUCAUCAACAGUACAUAUAGGGUCCAAGCCAUAGUAUGAGCCACCAAACAUCUUUUUAGCUUUGCCUAGUUUCUUUAGCAAAGAGACUAAACACAACUCACCUACUCUCUUCCAGCAGCCACUUAUUUGUAGUGAGACCUCAGCCCAGUCCAUCAUCGACUGAGGCAGGGGGAGCGCAGCUCAAGGAAGAACAUUUAUAAUCAUUUCUUUAUCAUUUCUUUGAAGUAAUUGUCAUCAUAUUUAUUAGUGCAUAGUUAUUUUGCACUGCAGACACGGUAGUUCUUCUGCCUUAGCGUCUCGGUCUGAUUGCAUUUCCAUUAAGAAAUAAUCAUAAAUGUUCUUCUUUGAGCUGUGUUACCCUGCUGUAGUCCAUAAUGGACUGGCCCAAUUCCUUGCUACAAACAAGCGGCUGCUGGAAGAGAGUAGGUGAGUUGUGUUUAGUCUCUUUGCUAAAGAACUCAGGCAAAGUUAAAAAGAUGUUAAGUGGCUAGUGCUGUGGCUAGGACCCUAUAUGUACUGUUGAUAAAGUUAGGUGCUGUUCUGAGCAUUAUUUGUGGUUAUAGAGUGGCGUUUUGGUUGAGGUUUGCGCGUGGAUUCAUAGACCGCUGUAUAUUGCUAUUGUGCGGUGGUUACUAAAGUUGGUAUAACUAGAGAACUUUGAUGUCUUGAGAGGGUGUCUAACUCAGUGUUAUGGUGUGUUUUACCCUAAAUUAAUUUUACGCCAGAAUAUCCCUUUAAUGUAAUGGCCUUUAGAUCGUAGCCAUCUAGUGGAGAUUUUUGGAAUUGUUACUUGAAACUGCUGUGAAGUACUUUUGCUCUGGGUCAAGAUGUUCCUACAAGUGUUUUUUUUUAAAUCAUUAUUAUUAUUAUUAUUAUUGGCUUCGUGCUACUAGUGGAUUAAGUGACAUCCAUUUAAAAUUAGCAUAUUUUACAUGGACUGACAAGAGUUUGAUGUUGUGUUUGCACUGAUUCCAACUAAAUGGUUGAUUUAAAUGAAUUGCAAACCAACAAAUUCCCCUUUUAUCUACUUUUUUCACUGUGUCCCAACUUUUUUGACAUUGAGGUUGCAAAAUUCAAGUUAUGAUACACUUAUUUAAGCAUUAUGUUACCAGGUUUCUUCUGCCAAUUUCUAUGAAAAACUACCCACUGUACCUUUAAUAUGAUGCAUCUGUUAACUGUAGCACUCAAAUGUAUAUAUCUGAAUUAUUUGUGAUAUUUAACACCCCAAAGUCAUGAAUUAUAACAAAGAAUAACUAAUUAUUCAAGGUAAAAUUAAUUGAUCACUGCAUAUUAUCUGAGUCUGAGUUAAUGGUGUAAAACUAAUCUAGUAUUUAAUGUAAUCUGUCCUGAUUUAGAAAAGAGACCCCAUGAUGCUGUCCAAGAAGCCCAACAACGUUUGCUCAGCAGGUGUGAACUACACGCCCAACCUCACUAAGGAUGUGUCCAUAUCCACAAUCUCCAACACCACGUCAGUUCAACUCCGGGCCACUGAGACCAAGAUGGUGGACCCAAAGAAGACCUACAACAGUGUCAGCAAGAUCGACAAGAUGUCUCGGAUAGUGUUUCCUGUUCUCUUUGGAACCUUCAACCUCGUCUACUGGGCGACGUACCUGAACAGAGAACCGGUGGUGAAAGGAGUGGUCACCUCGACAUAAUCUUUUUCUUUUUUUUUCCUCCUGUUUUCUAGGGACAGAGAGUUCGCAUAAAGAGAGAGAAGUUUCGAUUUGAAGCUGGCGGACUAAAAUGAAAGGUGGUUGUUGUGAGUUCUCAAAAAAAAAAAAGAAGAAAAAACGAACAAACAAGCUCUGCGCUUGAAGAUCAGAAACAAACUAUACCCAGCUUACAAAUUCAAGCGCUUUAAACGAAUCCAAGUCUGCAAAUAUGUCCUGAUUUAAUGCCUAAAAAUCAAAGAAACUGCUGCCAACACUGUCACCAUGAGAGUGAGUGCUUUUGCUUCCUUUUCAUCCGUCCUGCUGCAGUUUGCAUGAUGCUCUUCUCAAAUGGAAACAAGGGACUCCUCUUUGUCUUGAAUACUGACUCUAUUUAUGCCAAUCACUGCUCGUUGUAUGGGAGGAUUAUUCAUUGAUACUACUUGAGGUAGGGUUUUAGAUUUAGAUUUUAAAAAAUGAUAUUUGCCAAAAUGAAAGCCCUUCAGGAUCAAAAUGCACUGAGCUUAUAAGUUUAAAAAAAACAAUGUGCAAUAGGACCUGUAUUUAGUUUAGAAAGACUUGAUUUUUAAACUCUUCCUUUCAACACUGUGUAAAUUACAUAUCUUAAUAUUGAUGCUGCAAUUCAUUAAUAAUUUACUUUAUAUCUCUUUUGUUCUGAAACGCCUUUACAAGCUUCUCUUUUCUUCUGCAGUAGGUGCUCUUGGUUUAUCUUUACUUGAAGAUUCAAAGACUUCGGUGUUUCUGCCUGAUUUCCCAAAAGCUUUGGCAGUCGUAAGAUAAACCAAAGUGGAAGUUUUAUAAAAAAAUGAAAAGUUAUCCUAUAGCAGCUUCACAGCAAGAAUAUUGGUACAACCCCACCGGUGUGUUAAACAUAAACUUUCAAAAUACACCCUCACAUUCUUCAGAGGACAUCAGAAAAAGUUAGCAAGCAGUUAACUCUGGUGCAAAGCAUUUCUUCUCUUUUCUUUGAGAUUAUUUGUUAUGUUUGUUGUCCCUGCAAUAGACCCUCAUCGACUUUCACUUCAUGUGUCCCCUUGAGAGGAAUAGAAAGAACAGAGAACACUGUAAGUACCUAAAUUUAGUACUUACAGGGUUUGAGAGGAAAAACUCCUUUAACAGGCAGAAACCUCGAGCAGGACCAAACUGAUGUAAGACAGUCAUCUGUUGAGACUGCACUUGGUUCAGAGAGGAGAUAGAAGAAGAUGCAGAAAGAACAGAAAAGACUGUAAGUACCUAAAUUUAGUACUUCCAAAGUUUGAGAGGAAAACUUCUUUAACCAGGCAGAAACCUCGGGCAGGACCAGACUGAUGUAAGACAGUCAUCUGCUGAGACCGCAUUUGGUUUAGAGGGGAAAUAGAAGGAGAUGCAGAAAGAAUAGAAAACACUGUAAGUACCUAAAUUCAGUAUUUCCAAAGUUUGAGAGGAAAACUUAUUUAACCAGGCAGAAACCUCGGGUAUGACCAGACCGAUGUAAGACAGUCAUCUGUUGAGACUGCAUUUGGUUAAGAGAGGAGAUAGAAGGAGAUGCAGAAAGAACAGAAAACACUGUAAGUACCUAAAUUUAGUACUUCCAAAGUUUGAGAGGAAAACUUCUUUAAACAGGCAGAAACCUCGGGCAGGACCAGACUGAUGUAUGACAGUCAUCUGUUGAGACUGCAUUUGGUUUAGAGGGGAUAUAGAAAGAGAUGCAGAAAGAGAGAGAUGGACAGAGGUGGGGCAUGAUUUUAUUUUGAAUAUUAUCAACCCGCAUUCAUUUGACAUUUGCAGACAAUGUCGCUUUUGUCAAAAAGAGAAAACAGCAUAUCAAAAUUAUCAAUCUUCUUUAUUGUGUUAAUUUAACUGGAAAUUGUGUAAACAUGGCUGUUUCUCCAGCUGCAUAAAAAUGACGAUAAACAAAUUUCCACUCAUAUUCCUGGCGGUCUUGUUUGCUUUUGGGUAUCUUAAUAAGGCAUCAAUAUGAAUUUCAGCCUAUUUCAUCAAGGUCCAAAAACUCGUUAUAGGAGCUUUAGUUUGUUUAGGAUGAAAAGUCAGUGCUCAUUUAUUCAGCCUUCAUUAAAAUACUUAAAUUGAAUACUUUUGAGCCACCAAGAUUUUGGGAAAUAAGGCGAAGUCUUCAACAAGCUCAAGUAAAGAGUUUUGGUUUUCAACUUCACCCCUCUCUUAUAUAAUAUAUUAAAACAUCUUUAAUGCCUUCAGAACAGUAUGAAGAAAAAAGCCAAAUUUAAUCUCGACUUUGUUAAGAGUUUAUUUUUGUCUCUUGAGGUAUUCUGUCACUUUGUAAGAACGUGUGGGAUUAUUUUCCUCUUGGAGAGCUUCUGAUCAAACUCCACGGAUUCAUCUUGAAUUUUUAUCCAUUUCUUUCCAAAACGACUUCUUUCAAUUGGAAGCACUGAGCACACGUGGGGGCGUUUUGGUAUUAGCCCAUCAGAGCACAGCGUAUGUGGUCUAUGGUGAGAUAUACUCAGGAACAAAAGGACAGAACAGUUGCCUCUGAACCACAUUGAAACAGUCUUGUUAAAUUUGUCACUUACUGCUUGGGAGCAUUGUCCUUGAAAGCUUUUUGACGCUCAAUAGAUGUUGAUAGAAAAAAAAACACAUGAAUAGAUGACUUCUACUUUACGUGAUUUGCUUUGUGAAACUGGGACCUACAGUGAGCAUUAUCGUUGAAGUACUUUUUGUGUGAGUGCCAUAAUACCCUUAAAUGUACUGUGCCGGUUACUGAUAAAGAUAAAACUCAAUUUACUGUCAAUCAGAGGUGUUGCUAUAUCUGCUAAGACCGUGUUUAAGUGCAUUUUUAGCACCAAAAAGGGGGCACCAGUUGAAAGGCGAUCUAUAUAUUUGCUGCUCCAUGGCAGGACAGACCAGACAUCCCCUUCCUACCUCUGUGUUUGUCCCGCCUGUCCUUGUUUGUUUUUGACUCUGCUGCUUAUGCACAUUAUAAAGAAAAAAAAGUGCUCAUUUUGCUUUGUUUGUGGUGACACCUGCAGAGGCUGGGUCCUCUACAAAGGCUGGGAUAAUGAUUUUAUUUUCUUUCUGUAAGAAAUCACAGCUGCUCCAGCACUGCUUUAGUUGUUCGGCCAAAGCUACAUUUUUUAGGUCAGUUAUGAAGAAAUUGUAGAAAACUUAUGAUAGUUUAACAUGUGAGAAUAAUGGACCUUUGGCAUGACUGUCUGCAGCCUGUUUCCAAUAAAAGUAGAUUAACUAUGGGAUCCAGUUACCUUUUAACACAUCUAUGCUUUCUUUUCGAUACAUUUUAAUCACUGUGCUGACCCCUUAACUCUGCCUCUAGCGCCUUGAUCACCUCAAAGUCUUCACUACUUUGAUUAUCAGCAAGCUGAAACUAUUUUGUCUGACUCCCUUUAGCCUUUAUGUCCUGGUUUAGAGCUAAUUUGUAAAUUUCAGCAUGCCAACACGGUGAUCAGAAAUGUUGAACAAGGUUCAAUAUUUAACCCACUGAGCAUCUUAAGAUUAGCAUUAUCUUUAGCAUGCUGACAGGGAAUUCAUAGGAGAGAAUAAUCACUUAAUGCACAGCAGCCUUUAUUUUACAGAGGUCACAGGGGCCUAUUUAUCUAGCCAGCUAGCCAUCAUCACCUUUAAAGGUCCUGUCCUCUUUUCUUCAGCCACUGUGACAGAUUCAUCUGCCAUACGCCUGUUACAAAAGGAGUUUUGUUCCGCUUAAGUUCUUUUCAGGCCCGUGCCUCACUCCAGUUAAAGCUCCAGAUAGCCCAGUCAGUGACAGAUGCCUGUGACUAGUGUGGGUUGGAUUAAUUGUAUGUACCUCAUUCAGCGCUAGGUUAUAAUUGGUGGAAAAAAUUUAAAGCUCCUGUGAACAACUUUCACUAUGUGUCAAAUUUGGCGCCCUCUGUGGACAUAGCAGUCAUUGCAAGUCUUGACUAAAGUCUAUUGACAAAAAUCUCAUCCUGGUGACUUUUGACUGUCAAAUUUGUUGUUUAUUGUGUUGGUUUUUUUACAUGAAAUUGUCCAAACAGGACUAUUUCUUAAGCUGCUCAGCUAACACCUACCCCCUCGUAUCGGUUUAAGGCAUUAAAAAUGAUAAUGUACAAGUCUAAUUUUGUUCCUGAUGGUCUUGUUUGCUGUUGGAUACCAUAAAAAAGCCUCAAUAUAAAUUUCAGUCUGUUUCAUUAAUGUUACAAAAAUCCUUACAGGAGCUUUAAGUUUUUUCAUCUUGGAAUUGUAGCGCAAAUACAGUCGGCAACUUAAGCUGUAGCGCAACAACAGCUGACUCACACAUGGAGUUUCUCUUUUUUUGAGCCUCAAGGAAGAAAAUUGCGGCAUUUUGAGAUGUGUUAAAGACAGAGACCACUGUUAAGACUCAGCAAAAAUGAAGCAAAGCCAUUGUAGCUACAGCCUGGCUUAUCAAAGUAUUUGUUAUUCAUUCUUUGUGUUAUGUGUCAUAUUUGUUUUAUGUAUUAUAUUGAAAAUAAUGAAAUAAAAAUGAUUAACAUAGAG